UGGCGGGGCACGCACGCCGGAAGUGCCGUGCGCAGCGGUGCGCGCAGGGCGGCGCUCCGGCGGUGUCACCGGGCGGCUCCGGGCCCCUUUUGCCCCCGCUCCCCCGGCCCCCUCCCCGCCGCCCCCGCCGCCGCUAUGGGCACCAGCGGCUCCAAGUCGCGGGGGCUGUGGCCCUUUGCCUCCACGGCGGCGGGCGGCGGCGGCGCCGAGGGCCCCGGCGGGCAGCAGGCCCUGGCCCGGGCUCGGGCCGCACGCGCCGCGGCCCCCUUCGUCUUCACGCGUCGCGGCUCCAUGUAUUACGAUGAGGAUGGGGAUCUCGCCCACGAGUUUUACGAGGAGACAAUCGUUACCAAGAAUGGGAGGAAGCGCGCCAAGCUGAAGAGGAUUCACAAGAACCUGAUACCUCAGGGCAUAGUGAAACUAGAGCACCCUCGCAUUCACGUGGAUUUCCCGGUGAUCAUCUGCGAGGUGUGAGUCACCAGACAUUGCUGCCUACAAGUGGGAAGCCCUGCCACACUGCCCCCAGCCCCACCAGGCAAGGCUGCAUCGCACUCCCGCCCGAGGAAGACUCUGGGCACGUGGUGGGGACAGACAGUGGCUCUCCCCUCGCCUGGAGGUGAGGUGGCAUGGAGCAGGCCAGGCUGGGCUUGGCUGUUGUUCCUCACAGGAGAUGGGUGACCUUGUGCAAUGACUGCUUACAAACACUCUCGCUUGAGUCAGAAGACUAAAAUAUCUUUUGUAGCCUCUAGCCAAUGUUUGAUGGGUAACUAGAACUGCACGAGCUGCUGUGAUUAAGCUGUUAAAGGGAGAGAAAACCUGCACUUCUCACCGGAGAAAAUCCCCUGCUUCUCAGGUAUGCAGCCCAGGGAGAGCCAGGGCAAGGUAACAUGCUGCCUGGGGCCCUGAGGUUCUUCGGGCCUGCUGGUUAUAUGGCCAGCAUUGUGGCAUGUCACUUGGCAUGAGUGUUAUGUUGUGCUCCCCAGGAUGUAUCUGUUGAUGGAGGAUAAAUGGGGCAGGCUGAGGGGUCAAAGCACAUCUGGCUGGCUGCUGUGGUCCUCUUGGGAAGAGGACUGAGAUUGCAUGCCACUGUCUUGGACCUAUCUCUUCCAUCUGUGCAUUUCCCUGCUCGUACUGGCUCUGGGGAGUUUGGCUUUGCUGCUGCCUGCAGUCCCACUUCCCACAGGAGAUUUCUGUGGUUUGUGGCCGCUGCUGGCACAGCGAGGUCCCCAAUUCUGUGGUGGACUUGCCUUCCUCAUUAGCAAGCUGCUCCUGAGCACCAUCCCUUGCCCACUGUGGGGCCAGGCUGCUGUGCAAGGCAUCUCCUCAUAAUCUAUUCAUCCCCACUGCUGUCUCAAACAUACCUCGUGGUGGGGUGGGUCUUGACAGAAAUAAACAAGAAGAAAAUCAUCUCUUCCCUCACCAUCCCCCAAAAGCAAUCAAUUGGUGUGCCUGACCUGACUUGGAAAUCUCCCUGGCGAUGUGAACUACAGUUCCUCCCAUCACAGCUGACGCAGGAGGAGAAACGUGGUGCACUUUAGAGGGAGGCUUUCUGCUCCAUCUCAGAAAGUCCUGCUCUUUUUUCCUCUUUCCUCCCACUUGAGAAGGUUGAGGUUGCCUCAGCAGCACCGAAAAACCUCCCCCUGCUGUCUGUGGGUCCUGAGGCACUGAGCCAACUGCUGCAGGGCUGGGGAAAGGCCUGGCCCUUACAGCUCCCUUGCCAGCACUGGAAGCCACUGCUUCCCUGCUUGGCUGCCCCCAGACUGGGUGGGUGGAGGAGGGCAAGCAGUGGGCACAGUUUUAAACUGGGUUUGAGCUUGCUUCCCACAGCAGCCCGCUCGGCUUUCCUCCUCUUUUUUUGUUCCAGAACUUAUUUACUUUCUAAGCACUUCAGAUGUUUGCUACCUCGAUUUUUAAUUUAAGCUGCUGGCACUUGGCUGCCAGCCCUGUUGGUGUCUACAUUGGAUGUAUCCAUCCCCACGCCCUCUCAGAGUUGCCUGGGCACGGGGCCACAUUCCUGGCUUCGUGGAGAUAACAGUGGCGUGGCUGUUGCUGUCUUCCUGUUGCCACCUCUUCCCUCUGCAUCCCUCCACCCGCUGUUCCCAGUGACAGGAGCAAGCACAGAGGGUGAAGCGGAUGUGUUGGCUGCCACCAGGCAGGGAAACAGGAGGGCAGGGCUUUGUCAGGGAGUUUGUCUACACUGUGAUGCUGGGCACUUCUUUCAGCAUCUUUUGUUCUGCAUCCUGCUUGCUUGAAAGAGUUUUGUCUUAAAACAGUCACCCACUGAAGUGUUUCUUACUUGCAUCACCUGCUUUUGAGUGUCCCCUGAGCCAGAUCUCCCUGGGAAAGGCAUCCCUGGGGCUCCACAGGAGAGCAGGAGCUGCUGUCACCAGGAAGAGGAGAGCAAGCUGUGGCCAGGCUGCCUGCACCACUUUACCCUGCUGCUGUCUGAAGGUGCAAGAAGCUGCACCCAGACGUGCCUUGUGUGCUGGAGAAUGUGAAGGAGGAGUGGAGAUGAGGCCGGUAGAGUUGGUCUGCCCCAGCGGGGAGCCUCUUCUCUGGCUUCCAGCCAAAAAUCUGACAAGGCACGGCCCAAACUCCCAGGGGGAUAGAGAGUGAGACCAGCUUAGCUAGGAUGUUUUUGUCCUUCCUGACAGGCUGCCUACCCUUGCCCUAGAGCAUCAAACAUGCUUCCCCUUGAAAAAACUUGCCUUCUCCCACCCUCUAUGUCACUGGAGUGGCAGUGAACUUCCACAGGCUGCCAACACACUUUGUCCUGCCCAGCUUCUUCCCAGGCUAGUUCCUGAGCAGUCAGCCCCCUCCCCCCUCCCCUCUGCCAGCCCCCUGCCCCCCUGCAGCAGUAGGGCCUGGGGAGCACCUGGAGGGUUCUUAAAAAUGUGAAGGUUGCUGUAAAUAUUGUCUAUGUCCACUGUGGUGUUGGAGCAAGCAAAAAAAUAAUACUUUUAAUUAUUUUUUUCUUCCUUUCUUUUUUUGUUUUUACUACUCCUGUGUGACAUUGUGCUUCCCUGUGUGGAUGUGUAGCCAAACCCUGCUCACCAACACUAGGCUCUUUGCUCCUCUAGCGUGUGGGUAGAACCCAUGGGUUUGGGAAAUGUACACUAUUUAUGGUCCUUCCUCCCAGUGCAUCUGUCCACUUUUGUUAAAUUUCAAUAAAAUUAUUUGUAGAGCACACAA